GUGAGUUAAAUAGCUGCUGCCUGCUGAACGGUUAUGUUCAGCGUCUACACCGCCGGUAUCCUACAAGAAGAAGAAGAAGAAGAAGAAGAAGAAGAAGAAGAAGAAGAAGAAGAAGAAGAAGAAGAAGAAGAAGGGAUUAUGUUGCGUCGAUCGCUGAGGGGACAUUGUUACCUUGUUGUGAUGUUUACUGCUUAUGUUUCAUUGAGGUGUUAGUCAUUGACCUACAAGAAGCAGAGGUGCUGUGAAAGGAAGCCAGAAGGCAAUUAAUGUGCAUUUGUACUCUACAGGGAGUCAAUAAAUUGUGAAAGUCAUCAUAUCCUGAGUCGUCCUUUACAUCGCCUGACCAAGUCCGUUACACUGGUGCCGUGACCUGUCGGAUCUACAGAUCAGCUUGAUGCUCAUCGCCGUGAAUGCUGACGUUCUGUUCUGCAAUCAAGAUUACUUCGUGGUCAGGUUAAAAAGGACAAACUAAAAAGGACAGAGAAGAAAAAAAAACGAGAAAAAAAAAAUAUAUCAGUUUAUUUUUGUUAAUAUUGUAUAAAUAAUUUUUGUUCUUGAGGUUAAUCUGUUGAAACUACUAUCUGUUUCUUUACGAAUAAGCCUAGACACAACGCAAGUACAUUUGAUUAAUUGAAAGUGGACGAUAUAAUAACAAUGGAUAGGUUUGCUAGUCCUAAUCUGCCAAAAGGUAGGGGUGCUUUGCUCUAUGAUACUACUAACAGUAGAGAUGUGGGACAUUCCAAGUGUAAAAAUGAUGGUUACACAGAUACGGGGCUAGGUCAGAGCCCAGGAUGUACUCCUGUUAGUGGGUAUUUUAGGGAUGGUCCCCAAACGUCCACACCUAGCAGUGAUUCUGAUGUCAUUCACCAUCUCACAGAUAUGGUAGGGCAGCUAGGUGCUCAGAUAGGUGAAUCUAUUGUGGCAAAGCUGAUGUCAGCUGGUGUUGUGAACAUGACUGGUGACCAUCAGACUACUUCUCCCGACCAGAACUCACAGUCUGAUGUUAAUAGACGUGACCUCCCACAUGUGACAGUCCAUCUUAAAUCUGAUAAAGGACUUCAGUCCUUCAGAGGUGACAACACUGACAAAACCUCAGUCCAUGAAUGGAUUGACAUGACAAAAACUCAUCUCAGAAAACAAGAGAUUCCUGUGCAUGACCAAGCAGAAGAAAUUAUGAGUCAUUUAAUGGGCAAAGCCAGAGAUCUUGUGAAAAUUGCCCUGCGUAGUGAUCCUGGACUUGAUGUUAAAAGUAAACCUGAACUGAUUUACAAUGUGCUUCUCCACUAUUUCAGUGAGGCCCCCUCAUGUCUCCCACUCACAGACUUUUAUGGUACUCUACCUAAAUCUAAGGAAAACCCAGUUGACUACUGGAUUAGGCUGAACAAGGCAGCAGACCUAGCUCUUGAAGGGUUACACAGACAAGGGAAACAGACGGAGAAUAUGAAUGAUGAGGUGGCCCUUAUGUUUGUCAAAUACUGCCCUGACCCAGAGCUGUCCUGUACAUUAAAGUGUAAGCCAAUUCAUGAGUGGACCUCACGUGAUGUUCAGCUGAGGAUUGACGAUUAUCAGAGAGAGCAGAGGGCUAAUUACAGAUCAACUGUCACUACUCACCUGAAAAGCCUGUGA